GUUGGCUGAGCCAGACCGAACCGAAGACUCGUUCCGCGUCGCGACUUUUUCGCUUGUAGAGUGUAGACUUUGCGCGGGCUGAAACCCCGGCACGAGCUGAAAGUACAAUGUCAUUUUUUCGCAACAUACGCUCCACGCUGGCCUCGUCCAGAAAGAGUUCAUCGCGCGAUACGACGCCCGUGCGCAGCUGCAGUUCUCGGCCAGCGAGUGUGAUUAGCUCGCGAAGGGAUUCCACAACGAGCUCAGGCUUACAGCGCGGCGACACCUUCAUACUGAAUGGCUCCGAUGAGGAGGAGCAGCAGCAGCGAGGCAACGAGUCCAACAGCAGCACGCUGGAAAAGAAGUCGAAGAAGUCGAAGGUGUUUAGCAAAUUUAGCACGUUCACGAAACGCAAGAAGCAGCCCUCGCCCGAGGAGCUGGCCAGCUAUGAGCACCAUCCAAGCGACACGGCCACAAAUACCUAUUACAAAUGGCGCAACGACGGCGAUCGCAUGCUCGACUACGAUGCGCAUGCAGAUCCGUUCAACUUUCUGUACGAGCAGCAGGGCAAGGGCAAGCAGGCGGCGACGUCUGCGGAUGCCGCAGCGAGCGGCAUGCAACGGCAGCCGAGUCUGGGCUCCAGCUCCAGCGGCAGCUUCGAUUCGAGCACCUAUCGCAAGAGCAAGACGCCAACGCAUCUGCGUGAGCAGUUGGAGCAGCUGAAAACCCACUCGAAUGACGAUUUGCUCGAGGAGGAGGAGCGCGAUAAAUACAAAACGGUCACCCUAAACAGCUUCCGCAAAUCGUUUCGCGAUCGCCUGCUGCAGCAGCAGCAACAGCAGCCACACAAUCCCGCCUGGUUCGUCGAGGUGCCCCCGCCGGCCGCUGCGCCGCAGGCCAGUAGCCAACGCAGCGCCUCCAAGGAGAAUCGUCCAGACUUUCUGGUCUUCGAUAACGAUAACUAUCGGCCGCAAUCGCGUUCGCCGCUGCGCGACCGACCCUCGCGCUCGGCCACCCGUUCGCCCGUCAAGCGCAACGAGACCUUUCGUGUGGCCCAGCCCAUGCUGCGUCGUAUGUCGCCGUCGCCCACGCCGCCCUCCUCAGCCAUACGCAUCGAGAUCAAGAAUUCCAUAUUGCCACACUCGCCGGGCAGGCUGGUGCCAGUGGGCGUGGCCAAGCCCAUGCCCACCACGGAGUAUUACGCACAGCGGCUGCUGGCGAGCAGCCUGGCCAGGCAAACGCCGCCGGCGAGCAAAUGGCGGCAACAAAGUCAGCAGCAACAACAGCAGCAGCCGCAGCAACAGUCGCCGCAGCAGCGCAGCGGGCGCUAUCAAACUCUGGUGCACAUUGGCAGCGAGCAGGGCAAACUGUCGCCGGCGCCCGCGCGAGGACGUGCACCCACCCGCGUACAGCUGUACGGCAGCAAGCCGAGCAGCCGACAGCCGCCAACGCCCACCUACUUUGGCGGCCACUAUAAUGCACCUGUGCCAGUCUCUGUGCGACCCCUGUCCAGCUCUAGGCAAAGUUCUGGGGGCGUGGGUGGCAAUUGGGGGCGUCGCGAACAGCAAUACCAGCAGCAGUCGUCGCCGCAGCCAAUGCCACGAGUCGCCCCCGCACGGCAACGCAAUCGCUCGCCAAUCAAGAUUCCAUGGCGUUAGAUCGAACACUCGACUGAUCCAGCUACAGCUAGAGCUGAGCGCGUGACACGAACACGAAACGAGACGAAGCUCUAAAGCAAACAAAAUAAAUAAGUCUAAAAUAAUAUAAAAUUAACUAAUA